AUUAUUGUAAAUUAGUAUACUUUGCUUUCUUCUAAAUCUAUUUCACUUUAUUGCCCAUUCAUGGAAAAGAGAAGCUACAACCCACAAAAAAUAAAACUCGAUCUGAAACAUGUUCCUCCUCUAGAUCCUUCAAUCAUCACCCCAUCAUCCAAGGUUAAGUAUGAGAAACACAGACCAAAUUCAGGAGUUUUUGCGCCUCGAGUGGUAAAGGCUUGGCCUAAAGAGGGAGCGAAAGUUGCUGAAUUUGACGAUGCCUCAAAACUACGGCAAAAUUUGAAGGUUGGAGGUGCAAGUUUUUGUUCUACAAAGUGCAUAGACCCAAAUAGCACUAAAAACAACAUCCACGGAAAGAAUAUUGAAAGCAGUACUGGGAAUGAAAAGCGGUUGAGUGAAUCAAAAAGUGAAGAUGCUCCAGUUAAGGUCUCAGCGAAGUCACAAUUGCAUGAGGUCUGCGCUGCAAAAAAUUGGAAGCCUCCUUUGUUCGAGUGCUUCAAAGAAGAGGGACCAGACCACUUUAAAUUGUUCACCUACAAGGUGACUUUUGUUAUAGAAUCCUCGAAAACCUUUUUGGAGAGCUUCAGUGCUCCUCAGCCUACGAAAAAAACAGCAGCAGAGCAUGCAGCUGAAGGGGCAUUGUGGUACUUGAAUCAUUUGGGCUAUUUUCCAAUCCAGAAAUGAAGUUCAACUAACAAAUUUCAAGCACCCACUUAGAUUAGAUCGUCUCUUUCCUCUCACACCAACAGAGGCUAGUAGCAAGAAAUUGUAACAAAUUCGUUGUUUGCUUGAACUCUUUGGUAUAAUUUGUUCAAUGACUUGUAUAUUCAAAACAAUAAAACUAUGUGAACUGAGUUUUGAGUAUCUAAUUGGGUAUUUAGAUGAUGUAUAAUCAUGUGAUUGAGUGAUUGUGAAUUAAAGAUAAAAUAACUCUCAAUCACAUAAUGACAUAUCAUUUGAAUACUUAAUUAGCUACUCAAAACUAGGUGUAUAUAGUAUUACGCUAUUCAAAAUUGUAAAAAUCAUUUGAAUACUCAAUUAGCUACGUGUAUAUAGUAUUGCUCUAUUCAAAAUUGUAAAUCUCUGUUCAGCUGACGCCAUUGAGAGGAAAUAAAGUGUACAUGAUCUGACUUUAUUUGAAGUAGCCUCUUUGUUGUCAUUAGCAGUGACUUCUGUAUUAGUAGUAGUCUUUGUAAGGACCACUUUAUGUAAAUUUUUAUCUGUAAUUCAGAAUUUAAUCAAAGAGUCGGCUUUUACAUAGUGACUA